GAUCUGGGUCUAGCUUUACCACCGCACUGGGUAAUGGAUGGAUUAAAUGUGGGGGGGUUUUCGUGCAUUGGUGUAGUACGAGUAACGGUGAGAAAAUAAAAGUAGGAAAAUAUUACUGGGAGUUCGCCUGAAAACUGCUGAACUUCUGAUGAGCCGAGGCCAUUCAAACUGCCGCUUUAAGGAAGAAGGUUUAGCGCCUCCCUCAUCGACAGCUUCUAUACAGUCGGAGACUAAAGAGAUUUCGAUUUACGGUAGACUUAUGAGCCUUAAAGAAUAAGGAUCAUUGAGUGAUUCAGUCUCUGGAUCUCCAGGAAUCUGAAUUAUACCUUUGAUGUGUGAUUUCAUCUAAAAGUGCCUUGCCUGUGACUGAUUAUGUCUUCCAUAGACCCGUACCAGUACAUCAUAGUGGAGCACCAGUAUUCACACAGGUUCAGAGUGACGGUUCAGAAGGCUGAAAAUGUCACUAAGGGGGCUUUAGGUGACCUGCUGGACACUCCGGACCCCUAUGUGGAGCUAUUCAUUCGCUCCGCCCCCGAGUCGAGAAAACGGACACGCCAUAUCGACAACGAUGUCAACCCGAUGUGGGACGAGACCUUUGAGUUUAUAUUGGACCCCAAUCAGGAGAACGUGCUGGAGAUAACGCUAAUGGAUGCCAACUACGUGAUGGACGAGACCCUGGGGACGGUGUCGUUCCCCAUAUCAUCAGUCAAGCUGGGGCAGCCUGAACAGAUUCCAUUCCGCAUCGGCAAUGUAACCAAGGUGUACUUAAAAAUGAGCCUCGAGGUAUGUGCCUCCACGGACCUCCGCUUCAGCAUGGCCCUGUGCGACCAGGAGAAGCUGUUCCGGCAGAAGCGAAGGGAGCGUGUGAUGCUCGGCAUCAAGAAGCUGCUGGACAUGGAGAAGGGCCAGUUCCUCCCCAGCUCUAUUCAGCAGGUGCCGGUCAUCGCCAUCGUCGGAUCCGGUGGAGGAUUCCGAGCCAUGGUGGGAUUCUCUGGUGUGAUGAAGGCGCUGUACGAAUCCGGGGUGCUCGACUGCGCCACCUAUGUGGCCGGGCUCUCCGGAUCCACGUGGUACAUGUCGACACUCUACUCCCACCCGGGAUUCCCAAACAAGGGGCCCCAGGACAUCAACCAGGAGCUGAUGAAGAGUGUGAGCAGCAACCCACUGAAGCUGCUCAUGCCGCAGAAUAUCAAGCGCUACAUCAAGGCACUGUGGACGAAGAAGGCGGGCGGGCAGCCCGUCACCUUCACCGACAUCUUCGGCAUGCUCAUUGGGGAGACCCUGAUCCCCGGGCGAAUGAACUCCACUCUGAGCCAGAUGCAGGAAAAGGUGAACGAAGGCCAGUGUCCAAUGCCCCUGUUCACCUGUCUCCACGUCAAACCGGACGUGUCUGAGCUCAUGUUCGCGGACUGGGUGGAGUUUAGCCCGUACGAGAUCGGUAUGGCAAAAUACGGCACCUUCAUGCCACCCGGCCUCUUCGGGAGCAAGUUCUUCAUGGGCAGCGUGGUCAAGAAGUACGAGGAGAAUCCUCUGCACUUCCUCAUGGGAGUCUGGGGCAGCGCAUUUUCCAUCUUGUUCAACCGGGUCCUGGGUGUCAAAGAGACCACAGGAGGGAGCACCAUGGAGGAGGAACUCGAGCAGAUAAAGCCGAAGCACAUCGUGGGAGAAGACAACCAGGACAAUGAUGAGGAGCCUCGGCAGGACAACCAGGAGGUGGAGGAUGAGUACCAGCGGAACGCGCAAGCCAGCUGGGUGCAGAGGAUGUUCACCUCGCUGGUGGGGGAGUCGACCCUGUUCAACACGCGCGAAGGCCGCGCCGGCAAAGUGCAUAACUUCAUGCUGGGCCUCAACCUCAACAGCACGUUGCCCAUGUCUCCCUUCCCCUUCAUGAAUGACAGCCUGGCGGAGGAAGAAGUGGACGCCGUCACAGACCCAGAUGAGUUUGACCGGAUCUACGAGCCCUUGGACGUGAAGAGCAAGAAGAUCCAUGUUGUGGACAGCGGCCUGACUUAUAACCUCCCGUACCCACUAGUGCUUCGGCCACAGAGGGGCGUAGAUCUCAUAAUCUCCUUCGACUUCUCAGCCCGGCCUAGCGACUCCAGCCCUCCCUUCAAGGAGCUGCUUCUGGCCGAGAAGUGGGCCCGCAUGAACAAGCUGCCCUUCCCAAAGAUCGACCCUAAGGUAUUCGACCGAGAAGGUCUGAAGGAGUGCUAUGUCUUCAAGCCAAAGAAGGGCGACCGCAACUGCCCUACGGUCAUCCACUUCGUUUUGGCCAACAUCAACUUCAGGAACUUCAAGGCGCCAGGAGUCCCCCGGGAAAAGGACAAGGAGAGGGAGUUUGCUGACUUUGACAUAUUCGAUGAUCCCGAGACGCCCUACUCUACGUUCAACUUCCAGUACUCCAACCAAGCAUUCACGCAGCUGCACGACCUGAUGGAGUUCAACACCCUCAAUAACAUCGAGGUGAUCAAGGACGCUAUCAAGGAGAGCAUCAUGUACCGGAAGGAGAACCCCUCCCGCUGCUCUGUGUCACUGUCACUCAACGAAAUCGAAAACAAGAAGUUCCUUAAGAGGGAGAAUGGCGCAAAGGUUUAACCCAGACACACAGAGAAAAUGACUGUGGAAGCGUGGAGCUUCACACAUGUCAUUAACCCAACCCUGGCCGGUCACAUGUACCUUUAACUCCCAUAGCGCUUGGUCCAGUGGUGUAUAUAAUCAUCCUAAGGUAUAAUAAUGGGGUAUAGAAGCAUCCCCUAAAUAUAAGGCCUCACAGAUAGCCUUCAUAAUAUGGCCAAAGGACCCAUGCAUUCUUACGAACUGAUUCUGUAAAGCCGAAUAUGGGGAUGUUGCCAUUUCCACCCCCGAGUUUAAAGAUGAGGCAAUUCAAGUGUAUAUGUCUGUGUGUGUGUGUGUGUGGUGCGUGUGUGUUGUGUGUGUGCGUGUGUGGUGCGUGUGUGUGUGCGUGUGGUGCGUGUGUGUUGCAUGUGUGAGUGUGUGUGUGUGGUGCAUGUGUGUUGUGUGUGUGUGUGUGUGUGUGUGUGUGUGGUGUAUGUGUGUCUGUGAUGUAUGUGUGUGUGUGUGGUGUAUGUGUGUCUGUGGUGUAUGUGUGUGUGUGUGGUGUAUGUGUGUGUGGUGUGUGUAGUGCGUGUGUGUGUGUGGUGUGUGUGUGUGUUUGUGUGGUGCAUGUGUGUGUGUGUGUGUGUGGUGCAUGUGUGUGUUGUGUGUGUGGUCUGUGUGUGUGUGGUGCGUGUGUGUGUUGUAUGUGUGUGUGUGUGUGUGCGCGCGCGCAGUAAACACCUCCAGGGUCAAUAAUUGCAAGUGUUCUGGUUUCUGUCAUAUUUUUCACUCAUAUUAUGUGAUGAAAACAUAAAUGCUCAUGAUACUACUAUUAAUGGUCAAAAAUUACUUGCAGUCGCUGCAUAGCUGUUUGCAAUUCUGUAUUAUUAUACUGUAUAUAUUUAGUGAUAUCAUAGUGUAAUAUUAGCUCAGGAUAACAAAGUUAGUGGAGACAUGCUAUCUUACCACUUUUUAAACGUUCAUCAUUAUAGUAUCUUACAACUUUACUCAGAUCUUCAUUUUAGAUUCAGUAUGACUUCAAUUUUCUUCCUGUGCAUCUCUCGAUGAAUGGAAUUCAGAGAGACCUGAACUUCUGCUCAUGAACGGGGUGGCGAUCAGGCAAUUAGUCGGAGCUAAAUGUCGUCUCUAUCUGUUCAUGUUUCCGAAUUAACGUCGAGCGAACCUGACACUUCUGCGCCAUCUGUCGUCAGUGUGACGUAUUGCAGCAUGAACGUCAUUGUAGGCGUCCUCCUUGAAACGCAUUUUGUGUCUUCGAUUGCUUAAAACACUCUCAAAACACUCUUACUUAAUAUUAUUGUUAUUAUUCCAUAUAUGUAGCUGAUUCAAUGUUUCAUCUUAAAUGUUUGUAUCAAAAGAAAUGAAGAUAACACUUUUUGUUUUUUUUUUUGUUUUAUGUUGCAGUAAUGUAGACUUUAUAUUUAAAAUUGUACUUUAUUUGCUUUACAUUGUCUAACAACAGUGUUUACAGUUAUGUUUUAGUUUGAAUUGGUGCAGUUUAAGUCGACUUGGUUACUCGGAAAGUGUGAACUGUCAACAUUUCUGUUGACAGUAAACCACUUUUAUUUAUGUGAAUGGAACAUUUGCAUAACAAUGCCUGUAUGAUGUCUUAUUUAUAAGAAAAAGUGAUUUAUAAUCUGCCUUUGUACACGGUCUUGAAGGUUUUCAAGGUGAUGCUGAAUAAAGGAUAUGCUUAAACUUA